UUUAAUGGGUCCCGAAGAAUGAAAGCAAUCAGAUGUAAAUCAAGCAGCCAAGUUAGCAGUCAAGUCAUGAUUCGCGUAGUCCUAAUGCCAUUGUAUCUGGUUCUUGUGGCAGCCGUAAAGACAUCGGUUGUUGCCCAGACAACGCCCUCAAAUGCAAAAGUCAACGCUGCGUUUCAGAUUUUUCACGGCGACAUCGACAAGUACGAGUUGUGUGUGAAGUUAAUACGAGUUUGCCGCAAAGUAUGGGACCAAGCUCCCGAUUACAGCGAUUCCGAGGAGAAGACUCCAGAUGAAAACGAGGUGAAUGGCGAGGAUAUGGCUGAGUACAAGAGGGGGGAUUGCAUACCGACUGGGCUGUCGAAGGACGGUGAACGAUUGUUUUGGAAAAUUGUCGCCAAAUGGCAGAAGGAAAUCGACGACAGGUUCCUGAUCCAAAAUCUCUUCGUGGUGAUUAUGACGACAGAGAAUGGACGGAAUACCAAGUUAACGUUUGGAAAAUGGAACGGCUGGUGCAAUAGGACCGAUAAUUAUGAUGAAAUAACAGAAGUGGCCAAUGAUUCAAAUGAAUUUGUCAGCGAUUUAAAGAAAAGGCAAAAUGCCUUAGAAAAUUGCAAUAUAGAUGCCACAUUUGGUAGGUGGAUUUUCAACGAGAUUAGAAGCACACGACAGUUAGACAAAGAUAUUAACAUAAUUUCGGACUUUAUGUCAAAAUUCGAUAAGAAUGCCAAGAGCAAGUGCUGUCCCUAUGAAUUAAUCAGAGAUCGUUUGGAAAUCAUAAACGAUGGAAUUGACUUUCUGGAAGAACUGCAGGGCAUAGAAUCAUCUUUAGUGACAAAUUAUACAGAUGUUAAUACCGAUCUUUUCCAUCUGAAAGAAAGAGUGGAGAACUUUUCUAAUCUCAUUCAAAGUGAAGGUGGUAACUAUUCGACUGGAAAAUGUUGCCCCAACAUUUUGAGCGAACUGGAGACUUUUCGAAAUGAUUUUGCAGACAAUCUUAAAUUCGAAGGCACAACGACACUGAAACUUGACCACCAGCCAUAUAUUCAAAAAGAAAAGAGCUUGCGAGAAAUGAUUUUGAGUUAUGUUGGGGAUAUUGAUCUACUAGAAACAUCUCUCAUGAACCAAACUAAAAAAAGUACUUAUUGUGAAGGCGAACAAACACAAAUUAAGAAUUUAGAACAAAUAAUAAAUGACAUAAGACCCGAAAAGUUCCUAGGCGAAUUAUUAAAACAAAUAGAGCCAUUAAAUGAAAAUCUAGCUGAAGCCAAUAAAACUAUUUCAGAUGCAGAAAAGCUGCUCAAUUUGGAAAAGGAAAAUCUGCAGAAAUUAAAUUCCUUGUACGGAGAAGAAUGGCAUCAAAAAAACAUAUUAAAGGAUCUCGAAUCGAAAGUAAGCCAAUUGGAAUAUAAAAUCAAUAACUUGAGCUUGUUGGAAGACGUAAAUUGGCCAAAGCUUAGAAAAUCCGUGGACGAUGUUAAUAAAAUGUUCGAAAACAGUCCAUCAUUCUUCGCUAAUAUAACUGUUAUUUCCAUGAAAAAUGGCAUGAAGUUCAAAGGUCAAUCAACCUCAGAUUUCGCUAUCAACCUAAAGAAAAAAAGUGAAGUAAGAUUUUGUACAAAUGAGUCUAUUAAACUAAAUGACUACUUGGAAAAAAUUGAAAAGGAUAAAAAUAAAAUUGUCGCUUAUUAUAAUCAGCAAGAAAAUGUUGUCAGAGCGCAUUUUAACGAACUUUUAGACAAGGAAAAAGAACUGAAAUAUCAUAGCCCGAAAAGCUUAACCUUGAAAAAAAGUGACAUGACUUAUAAAGUUGAUCCAUCUGUUUCAAGCACGAGCUCAUUACAACUAGAUAUUAAUCAAUUGGAAAAAGAUAUAGACAACUUAACAGAGAAUGGGAUCGAAAAAUUUGAGAGGCAACUGCAAUAUACCCGAUUAAAAUUCGAAAUGGACAAGCAACAAAUUGAUCGCAAACUCGAAGAACAGCUAAGAAAUAUUAAUCUUUUCAGAGAGGAGAUGAAAAGGGAAGAAAAUCUAAUCGCAGAACGUUUAGCUAAAUUAGACACGCCGAAGGAAUAUGACGAAAAACUAAGUAAGCUUGAGGCUGAAGCCAUGGAUUUUCCAAAACAAAUAGCGAAUUCCGAAAAAACACUUUUGGACCAAAUCGCUUCGCUACAACAGCAAAUAAAAACCCUGGAAAAGGAGGCGGAGAAUACUGAACAUAGAGCCGAUCUAUGCGAUGCUGAAUGUGAUUUUGGUGAUCUAGAUUCUAUUGAUGAAUUGAUGAAUAGAGUUCAGGCUGUCAAAAAUAAAUUAAAUAAUUGAAAUUCAAAGAUAGUCAUGAUGCUUUAAAGCCAAUAUAGUAAUAAUACCAUAUAAUAUUAAUAUAUACUAAGCAUUAAUUUAAGUACUUG